UUCAUUCAAAAGGAGUACGCUGAGCUGUCGGCUGGGCCCCGGGCGCCGAGUGGAGUAGGGGUGGGGGGGAGGGGUCUGGUCGGCAGAUGCGCCCUGGCUCGGAAGACGGGAGGAGGGAGCCGGAGCCUUGCUCCGCAGCCCGGGCGGCCAGGUCAGCCGGCCCAGCCCCAGGGCAUCCUGAGGAUGAAGUGGCAGAGACUGUGCUGGUCCCUCACCUGCUUCCUCACUCUACUCAGUGGGCAUCAGUCGUCCUCCCUGUCCUGCCAGGACUCCGAGUACCAGACGGAGGCAGGCGAUUGUGCUGUGUGCCCCGAGUGCCCACCAGGAGAGGAGCCCAAUCAGGAAUGUGGUUCUGGACUGGGACUGGGUACUGUGUGCCGUGCCUGCAGGCCGGGCACUUUUUCAACCAGCCUGGGACGAAGCCCCUGCCUGCCUCACACUGGCUGUGCCCGGCUGAGGAGGGUCGAGGCCCAGGUGGGGACCACGACCACCGAUACUCAGUGCGGUGGCUGCAUUUCAGGGUUUUAUGACCUCAGAAGGCGCCCAGACACCGAGUGCAGGCCUUGUUCUUGGGCACCUAUGGGCACACGUGGCUGUGGAGAGCCAGGCCUAGGACGCCGGCAGCGUCGCAAUGUGGAGGCUGGGGUGGGGCCUGAGGUCCGGCCCUCAGAGAACGGCACCCAGGCUGAGGUGCCCGAGGAAGCUGCAGCCCAGUAUGCUGUCAUCGCCAUCGUCCCCGUCUUCUGCCUGAUGGGUCUGCUAGGGAUUCUGCUCUGCAAUCUUCUCAAGAAGAAAGGCUAUCACUGCACAGCCCAUAAGGACAGUGGUGAAGAGUCCGGACUGGAGGGCAAGAAUGGGACCAACCCUGCCUACCGAAUGGAUGACCCCAAUGAGGACACCAUCGGGGUUUUAGUCCGGCUGAUCACAGAGAAGAAAGAGAAUGCGGCCGCCCUGGAGGAGCUGCUGAAAGAAUACCACAGCAAACAACUUGUGCAGACCAGUUACAAACCUUUGCCCAAGCUGAUACAAGGCCCCCCGGCCAUCCCCCACAUGUGCCAGCACCAGCACCACCUGCACACAGUGCAGGGCAUGGCUUCCCGCUCUGGGUCCUCCUGCUCCCGCUGCAGCCAGAGGAAGUGGCCAGAGGUCCUACUGUCCCCUGAAGCUGCUGCCGCCUGCACGCCCACUCCCAGCACGUUGCCUCCCCGAAGUGGCAGCAGCAGUAAGCCUGCCCUCAAGGGGAGCCGCCAAGGGGAGAUCACCAUCCUCUCUGUGGGCAGGUUCCGUGUGGCCCGAAUCCCCGAGCAACGGCCCAGCCCGCCACCCCCAGAGGUGAAAACCAUCUCAGAGACCAGUGAGGAGGGGGAGGCAGCUGAAACUCCUCCACCUGGGCUCUCCCCUGAGAACAGGGCCCUUCUAGGCAGUGGUGGGGGGCGACCCAAGUGGCUGAAAACCCCAGCAUCCGGGGCAACAGAAAGCAAAUCAGAGGAAAAUCGAUACGUGGUCAGGCUGAGUGAAUCCAACUUGGUCAUCUGAAGGUGCCCUUAUGAUCCGCUCAGGCCCAGGGCCCUGAGAGACGUUGGAGCCUGGGAGUUGGCAGCAACCUGAGGUCCCGGGGGGAUGUCCCCCAGGCCCCUGCACCCUGGGCAGCCCCAGUGAGCUCUGGGAAGUGGGCAGUGGCAGGGGAGAGAGCUCACUUCAUUCUGAGCUACCAAAGGCAGCUUAUUUUAAAGGAAAAGAUGAUCUUGUCCAGGGAAGAGAGGGAGGGAGAUGCCCAUAUUUGAUGAGGAGUGGGCUGCCCUAUCUCCUUACCCUGUUCCCCCCCCCCCAGCAUCUUCUUCAUGCUAGCAGCAAGCCCCUUCCCCCACCCUGGUCAUUUGGUCUUGCUCUUGCUCUGGACAGGACACCCAGCCCAGCUUCCUGGGUCCUCAAAGCUGGCAUCAUCCACACCCAAAUGGGGAUAUCUUCCCCAAUGCUUCACAGAUGGGACAUCUAGCCCCAAGAAAGGGUCCCUUCCCUGGUGACCCAUAGGUAGGACACAUCUAUUUAUCCAUCCAUCCUCAUGCAGGGGUUUCCAGGAAAAGUGAAAGGCUCAGCCUCUUCUUUAUCUCCCCUACUCUUCAUCCUAUCCCUCCUGGGCAGGGGAAGUGGCAGUCAGGAAAUACAGGGGGAAGAAUGAAUGCUGCGGGUCCACUGUCACAGAAUCUUAGCACUAGGGUCAGUGGGGAAGUGAGACGACAGGCCCAGAGAGAAGAAACCUUCCAAAGGGCACAGUGAAGUUGGCAGAGCAAGGACCAGAACUUGGGUCUCCUGACUCCCAAAGGCCCUUACAGUCAGUAGGAAGGAGGGCCCUACCCACCACACCUCCUCUUCCCUCCUCUGCUUCCCCACUCCCCAGCACCUGGUCUUAAUCUUCAAGAUAGGGCUUGUCCAUGGGAAGAGAUUCUGGUGGGGGUGAGGUGAGAGAUCUGAGGGGAAGGGGCUUCAUACUUGGGCUCAGCUCCCAAACUCUGCUGCCCCUUUAUCUCUCUGGGCUCAAGUUCCUCCCCUGUAAGAUGGGAGAAGACCAAUUCUUCCCAUUCUAAGUCUCUGAUCCCAUGACUAUCCCUGGCCAUGGUGCUUCAGGUAAAAGUCUAAUUUAGUCCCUGAGGCUGCUGGGAAGACGGGGAGGCAGCCACGGAGCCAGGAGGAAACCUCAGGAGACUUGGGUUCUGGGUCCAGCUUUGCCUUCCCUUAACUUGUGUGGGCCUGUUUAGUCCUGUAAAAUGAAGGGCUGGACUCGGUGGUCUUUACAAAGGUCCUCCUCCAGCUUUGACACUCUGAACCUAACUUGAUGUAUGUCCUUGUCGGACCUUACCUCUGAGCUUCUGUUUACCAACCCCUGCCCUGCUCACUGAGUCAUAAUCUCCCACCCAUAUCUGGAAAGGAAAAAGUGUGACUUGGGGUGAUGCCUGAGAGAUUUCCCUGCAUUUCCCUGGGAAGAGGACCCCGCCAUUGUUCCCAGUGGGACUCAUAAUGCUCCCCCUCCCCAGUGGAGCAGGCAGAAGCUUGCUUCUCUCUGCUUGGGGGCAGGGGCAAUUUGGGGUAUAUAUGGUAUAUCUCAUCUCCCUCCCCUUCCCCCACCCAAGCUGAAUCAAUAGCUUCAUUAGACUCUCCUAGCUAGCUGCGCUUCCCCCGACCCUCCCCCCCCCCCACCAAGCCAAGCCAGGAUCUUGCUUCUGCACGAGGAAGGGGGGUGCCUUAAUGCAUGUCAAGCAGCCCCCUGCACCCCACCCCCCAGGGGUGAAUGGCUGUUUUUAAAUUAAAAACCAAACUUGUUCUGUGUUGUCAACUGUUUGGGGACCUCUGUUCCACCAUGUCCCAUUUUCUCCUCCCUCCCCCCCCCCCCAAAUAAAGUGCUUUAGAAUCCCCAUGGCUCCAAGCCCUGGCCAGUACAGUGGCAAGGGAAGAUGUGGGCUCUAGGUGCUGACCACCCCAGUUCUGACACCCCUGGCUACGCCCUGUCGACUUUCCCUGGGCCCCCGACUUGAUUCCCCCUCCUCACUAUCUGUCCAGUUUGCUCUGUUGUGUUCUCUAUGUUUGCUCCCAGGAGAGAAGUAUGGGUGAUUCAGGCAGUAUCUGGCGCCCAUCCAUCCCGUCUAUUUAUGUGGGUGCUAUGCAGGUCAUAGUCCCUGCUGUCAUCUCCCCUCCCCUGGUGGGGGUUGGGCCCUGAAGUUUGGUAACUCUUAUUUAUUGAAUUUGAGUCUUUUCUCUGUCUCCUGUCUACCCCUCUUAAGCAUCAUCAUGCUGUUUCUUUGGAUAAUAAAAAUAUU